UUGAUACUUUAAUCAGAAUCAGAAAAACUUUAUUGAUCCCCGGGGGGUAACUGCUUUGUUACAGUUGCUGCUGUAUAAGAAAUUGAAAUGAGUAGGUCUGCAAAUAAAAUAAUAUAUAAAUAGGCGUGCUACACUAAACACACAACAAUAUAAAAUAAAGAGGCAUGUACAAAUAGAAUAUGUAUAUGUAACAACAGUGUGAUAAAUUGAAUUAUUGCACAUGAUUAAUAAUAUCUAAGUACAUUUGAUGCUGGUACUUUUGUACUUUUACUUAUGUUUUGAAUGCAGGACUUGCAGUGAAGUAAUCCUGCAGUGUGGUAAUGAAUUUAUUUUUCUAUUGAGCGGAACAAAAAAAACAUUGUGGAUGUUGACAUGGAAAGGAGAGAGAGAGAGAGAGAGCUUGUCUGUGUGUCAGCUGAUUGUGCCCCAUGCUAUUUUUACACAGAUAAAAGAUAAAGAUCCUCCUUCUGUGUCCUGUGUGGCUGAUUCAAUGGGUUGACCAUCACUGACCAUUUACAGUCUGCUACAGCUGCACACAGCGUUUCUACUUGCAGCUGUCUGGUUGGUUACUUGGCAGAGUUGGUCUCAACCAGCAGUUUGCUGCCACCCUGUGGUGCUACAGAUGCAACAUCACCAUAAACUAUUUCAUUAUUUUACUUGUUUAAAUGUGAGCUUUUUUUGCGAUUAAGAGCUAAACUAACACCACCAAGCCCAUUUUUAUUUUCAUUUUACAGCAUUAAAAUAAUUACUGCAUGGUGUAAUAACCAUGUAUUAAAAAGGUAUAUUAACAGACGCCAGAGAGAGAGAGAGAGAGAGAGAGAGAGAUUGUAAAAAUUACCCGCCUACUUAAUUUUCCAGCAUUUCCGGAAGAGGCCUAGAUAAAAAAACUGUCUGAAUUUCCAAUGAAUCAUUUGACUAAAUGCAGCAUGCUUACUGGCUCAUCUUGCAGCCAGCAUUCUCCAAACAAACAUUAAUCCACAGCAGCAUCUAACAACCUCCUGGUUUUGAGCCUAUAAGUUAUUGUUAUGGCUUAUAUUUUGUUAAUUUUUUUGCCACCUGUACCCCGAAGAUUGACAUGCAUCGAUGCAUUCGACAAUCCCCGAAUCAGGAGCUCUGUUGUACAAUUAUUCGGUCUGUAUCCCAGCAUGGGCCCGGAAGUUGUUCGGGAUUCCCAGGUAAAAAAAAAAAAAAAAAAAAAAAAAAAAUCCCGGAGAUGCUGUCGUCGCCUGGGAAAACAAACAGCUAUCCAGACAAUUAAAAAAGGAAAACACCGAUCGGUCGCCAGGUAAGGAGGAGGCUUGUGGACUGCACCGCGGCGCUUGGUAAGACCAUCCGUCGGUUUUAUUCUGGAAGUGUGUGCAUGUUUUUGAGGAGUUGGUGGGGUGAAUGCCAUUUGUCGUGUGGUCGGGUGCCAUAGCAACGGCUCAUGAGAAACAUUGUGCAGCCAGUUUUGACGUGCUCGAUGUUGGAGGACAGCUGCGUUCAUGCGGACAAUUUGCAAUGUGGCAACUCCUGCAACAAAUUGCCGUUGCGUCUCGCCGCUGUCUCGACCGUCCAUGAGCAUGAUUGGUGCCAUAAUGGACUCGAAUCCCAACGAGCUGCUAAAACAAGUGGCCACGCAUACACAGAGCAGCAGCAUGGGCAUCUGGUGAGAGAAUGAAUGCUGAUGACUGCAAUGGACGCUCAUAUGCACAAGGUAAUGGAGGAGAGUCAUCAACGGAACAGGAUUUUUAUGGCGGGUUACAGGCCCCUUCAGCGAGAUCUCCAAACAGUCAGCAGUCCUCGCCGCACCGCUCCCUCAGCGCAAACUCCAUCAAGGUUGAGUUGUGCAGCGAUGAUGAGUCACCAGGUGCUCCACGGCCAGAGAACAGAGAGGCUGUGAGGGACGAUAGCAGAAGGGGUGACAGUGGGGACCCUAUGGAAGAAGGGAGCGCAGAGUACGCUGGGGCGGGAAGAGACAGAGGCAGCAUUUACAAUGAGAUGGCAAGUCCAAAUUCUGCUUCUCCAGGACCUAUCCGGCUACCCAACGGGAAGCUCCAGUGUGAGGUGUGCGGUAUGAUCUGCAUUGGACCCAACGUGUUGAUGGUGCACAAGCGUAGCCACACAGGCGAGAGGCCAUUCCAGUGUAACCAGUGUGGCGCUUCCUUCACUCAGAAGGGGAAUUUGUUGCGCCACAUCAAGCUGCACUCAGGAGAGAAGCCUUUCAAAUGUCCCGUCUGCAAUUACGCUUGUCGCCGGAGAGAUGCCCUGGCUGGACAUCUACGCACACAUGCAGCUUCUUCUCCAACGGUGGGAAAACCUUUCAAGUGCAGCUACUGUAGCCGCAGUUACAAGCAACAGAGUACACUGGAGGAGCAUCUAGAGCGCUGCCAUAGUUAUCUGAAGAGUCUGGACCACCAGACAGCAGUCAAUGCACAGACAGCACCGGGUGAAGAGUCAGUAAAUAUGGAGACAAUUACUAAACCUGUGCUCCAGCCAUCCAGUGAAAAAAUCCAGCUUGUGGAUAGACUGGCAAUUAGCAUAACCAAGCGCAAGAGGUCAAUGCCACAGAAGUUUUUGGGUGAAAAGCACAUGCACCUUGACCUACCUGAAGCACCUUACGAAUUGUCCUCUGGCUCUGAGAAGGAAGGGGACCUCAUGAGCUCUCAGCCUGCUGGGGACUCCGCUGGGUUGGCUGAAAUCCAACGCAGCAGGGGCAAAGGAGAGAACCACGAGCCUCCUGCACUGUCUCAGCUCCACCCUGCCUUCCUGUCGGAGCUACACACGGUUAUGGGCUCCAUCAGCAGCAACGCGACUCCUCAGGGCUCCCGAGCCCACAGUGGAGGUGGGCUGGCGACAGUGUCUCUCGGCCUGGCCGGGCGGGAGGCAGGUGAAGGUCGUGACGACCAGCGCUCAGCCCACAGCCACACCACCUCUCCCAACGGCUGCCCCGACUCUACAGACACAGAGAGCACAGCAGAAGAGCAGAGCACAAGGGCUACAGCCCCGACAAGUACCUCCAACAACCACCACCUCCACUACCAAACCCCAGCACUGCCCCGCAGCCAUCCCACUUCCAACCCCAGGCAGGCCAAAGACUUGGACCCCGAGUGGGAGAGAGCGUGUCCUGUCCCCCCCACCAUAACAAAGAGGAGCCCCAUCUCACCCCUUUCUUCCAGGGAGAUUGUGCAGGUGUUAGACACGGACGGCCGGCCCGUGCGCUCCUUCCACUGCCGGCACUGUCGCAUCCUCUUCCUGGACCAUGUCAUGUUCACCAUCCACAUGGGCUGCCACGGCUUCCGCCAACCUUUCGAGUGCAACAUCUGUGGCCACCGCAGCCAGGACCGCUACGAGUUCUCGUCUCACAUCAGCCGCGGAGAGCAUCAGGUGGGCUGAGGAGAGUCGACAGUGGUCGGAUCAGGAGGGGCAACUGCUGCCCUCUAAAGUUGUAGGCUCCUGUUUGUUCUGCACCAGAUCAGUUGCUUUAAAUCCCUAGUGGAAGUAAAAAGGAGUUGUGGUUUUAUCAAGAGAAUAUUUAUUAAACUAAAGUAGAUGCGAGUGAAAAAUCUUUUCGCCGCAACAUUUAAAGUAAAGUGGAGGCAAAUUACAUUCUAAGAUUGAUUGCACUCCCAUAUCAAAUCAUCUGGCAAAACUACUGGUUUUGCUUCAAAAGUGCCUUCUUUUGGGGAUUUCCUCUUAACUAAAAAAAAAGAAAAAAAAGAAAAAAAAAAAGAGGGGAACUGGUGCUCAAAAAUCUUGACUAGCCAUCUUUUACUAAAUGAUUUAGUUAGCACUUUGAGAGGUCAUGUGCACAGGAAGGUAAAGAAAGCAUGGCAUGUACAUUUUAAGAAUUCUAUUUGGUAUGCUUAGUAUGCACUAAGAGCUUUGUUUUUGUGGUCGAGGACAGGACUUUGUAUCGUGUGUCAGGUAAAGCUUAAUAUGCACUGAGAGCUUUGUACCUCUGGAUUUGGGAGGAGCUUUUGUCACAGACGAAGCACAGAAAUAGAUUGCCUUAACUCCUACAGUGGUAGGAAUACAUUGUUUACAGCAUGUGUGAAGUCACCUCAGAAGAGAGAGAGUAUUUGCAGCUGCAUAGUGAGACUGUGCAGGACAAAGUGAAAUCAUGAGGGAAAUGAACUUGAAAAAAAACAUUCAAGGCCUUCAGGGCUCGGAUGUAAAAUGUUUGGAUUUUAAAGUGAGCCUUAGGAUACUGGUGCAGAGCAGACCACGAGCCAUGUAGUGUACAGUGAGAGCCUGACUGAGACGGCCCGGGAUGCUAUACCUAUACAGGAUUGCACUUUUAGGUUCCCUGCUUAUAUAUGAACAUCUUUGCUGAAGCACUUGAUGGCUUUACAAUUUUCUUUUUCUGUGAUUGUUCUACUGCACUGAAAAAUUGCAUAAUACUCACAAUAAUUGAUCAUCUAAUUUGCAACAGCAGUGUAUUUUUAAACGGAGCCGGCCUUCUACAGAAUCCCACAGCGCUGCACUAGUUCUGCGGUCUACACUCAAGUUUGCUGCAUUUGUGUGACUGACAAUUAAAUAUCAGUUCGACUAAAUUGUUUUUGUGGUUUUGCAUUCAGCAGGGUGGCUGAGCUUUUGAACAAUUUGCAUAAUGUAAGUGAAUUAACAAAUUAAUUAUUUAAAAAUUAAUUGACAAAUCAGUUUGGAUCUGUUCAGUUAUAACUUGUGGUUAUCUAUUUAGUGUUGUUUGUUUUAGCCUUGGUGUAUUUAAUCAGCUAUAUUCCAAAUCUUAUCCAGCAUAUUCCUCAAGUCCAUGAAAUGUUACCUCCUGCUUCUUUAUAGCACCCAAAUACCUUAUUGCUACAGUAUGGUGAGUUAUCUGAUAAUGUUAAUAUUGGGAACAAGAAUGAGACCAAACUCAGUAUUCUUACUUGUUAUUGUGGGUUUGCUGCUUCAUAGUUUAACUUAAUUUCCUUCGAUCGCAGGCAAAAAUAUACUUGAAACUGUUUGAGAAAAAAAGUAAUAUAAAAAUGCACUUGGUUUGAUAAAGUAGAGACAUGUGUGUGAAUGGAAUAUAGCAUGUGUGCUUGUCAUUUUCUGCUUUUCCCUGAAUUGUGAAUUAUUUUUGAAAUGUGAAGUAAUUUCAAGAAGUGAAAAUGAGGCAUGGGUUUCUGUCUCCUUGUGUGGACUUUUCAAUGUUUUAACGAUAUUUUGUGAAUGAUGUAACAUGACAAAACACUUUACCUCAAAGUUAAAGAUGUACAACUGCCUCAUUAUUUCAACAAGUCAUGUUGCUUUCCAAGAUGUUCUUGCAGUUACAAAUGCGUGCCCCUUCGAUAUUCUCAAAACUUUUUACUGUCAAUAAAGUUGAGUUUAUUGUAAAAGUGA